UGCUUUGAUUAAAUUUAUUGGUAACUAAUAAUAAAUUUAUUCCUAGCACUCCGUUAAAUUGAGAAUAAUGAACGCUUUAUUAGAUUAUGGAUCAUCGUCAGGCAGUGAAUCUGAGCAAGAUCAGGAAGAAACAGAUAAGUCGGUUGAUCGCUUUGAAAUAAGACUAGUUGAAAUGAAAAAGUAUUUAUUUCCACAUUUGUUGUAUUUUAGGAUGAACAGCACAAAACCCAAACUACCCAAACCCGUAUUAGGUGAAGCAGCUUUACAAACAUCGGUGUUCUCCAACCCAUUUGUAGAAGCAGAGUUAGCUAAGGCUGCUAUUCUUGAGAAACACGUAAAAAUGGUUCCAGGUAAAGAUGACACACUAAUGAUCAACGGCAAGAAGAUAUGUUGGAAUUAUCGUAAAGGCAGGUGCAGAUUUGGACAUAAUUGUAAAUAUGCACAUGACUCUGAUGUACAUAAAACUCCUGAAGAAUUAGAGGCUGAGAAACAGAAAUUGAAAUCUGUUGUAUGUGAGCAAGCAGGCACUGUAUCCUCAUUACCACCACCUCAAGUGGAAACAGUGUUACCAACUGAUGAUGCUGUUUGGGAAAGUGGAUCAGAUAAAAAGAAAUUAAAAAGGCCUGGUUUGAGUCAAGGCAUAAUACCAGGAAAGAAAGUUAUGAAAAUGUAUAAAGAACAAAAAUUAAGAGAGUCUAAGAAAUAAACUAGAAAUUUUAUUACACCUGAAGUAUC